AUGUUUUGCUCUGGGUUGUCUGAUGCUACAGAAGCUAAUAUUCUCAUGAGAUUUCUUCUCAAGCCUGAGGUUCUUCCUGUGAGGUAUUUGGGGUUUCCUCUCUGUUCUAAAAGACUCUCAGUCAAAGAUUGUGAUCCAUUAAUUUCUCAGAUCAGGCGGAAAUACAAUGCUUCGAUGAAUAGACAUUUGAGUUUAGCGGGAAGGCUCACUCUCAUUUCAUCGGCCAUCCCAGGAAUUAUAGGCUUUUUGACAUCAGCUUUUUGUAUUCCUGGAAAGGUUUUGAAGAUGAUAAAUAGCUUAUCUACUUCCUUUCUUUGGCAUGGCUGUCUGGAUAAUCCUAGAGGUGCUAAUAUCUCCUGGCAGGAUGUUUGUCGCCCUAAAGUAGAGGGUGGUUUAGGGCUGAGAAAUUCAGCUUCUUGGAAUAUUGACUUUGGCCUCAAGCUUAUUUGGUUGCUCCACUUCAGAGCUGGAUCACUAUGGGUUGCAUGGAUGAGGAGGAAGUACCUAAGCAUGUGCUCAUUUUUGUCGUCUCAGCUUACGGUUCGCAACACUUCUUGGAUGUUUCAAAGGCUUGUUGACUUACGCCCAAUAGCUCAAACUCUGGUUUACUAUGAGAUUAAUAAUGGCGGUGAAACUUAUUUCUGGUGGGAUCCGUGGACUCCUUUUCGGUCCUUUGAUUCAAUACUUGGGUAUUUCGGGUCCUAUGGAUCUUGGGAUCUAAGGGAGAGGAGACAACCCUCUACUUGGACGUCUUUGGUGUGGCAUGCUGCAUCGGUUCCUAAACAGGCCAUUACUUCGUGGCUCUUCAUGUUAAACCGUAAUCCUACCAUGGACAGACUCCUAUCUUGGGGUCUUGAUGUUGAAGAGGUUUGGAGAAAGUGCAUGGUCCGCUUGGGUGUUUCUAAUGCUCCAACUACUUGGCAAAGUGUUAUUGACUGGUUGUCUUCCUUCCCCUGGGAUAGGAUUCUCAAACUGGUUAUUCUACAGAUAUGGCAAGCAUGUUUGUAUGAAAUUUGGAAGGAGCAAAAUACCCGUUUCCAUCUGGGAAGUACUGCCCCUCCUAUAAAAAUCUUUGAAGUUGCAACUCGUACAGCAAGGUUCAAGGCUAUUGCCCUGAAGAAUUCUGGGAAAACUGUAGGAAAUGAGCUUUUCGCUUUUUGGUCGAGGUUUUAA